AUGAUUAUGUUAAAUAUUUCAACAUCUGCAUCCUAUUAGCAAGAACAGACUAUAAAUAUUUUACAAACAGACCGCAAGGAAUUGAUACGUAGACGCGGCCAUUGCGUGUUCAAAAAAAAGACUGAGAAUCCUAUGAAAAGGUUCGCUUGAGCAGAAAAUCGAGAGCUUGGAAGUCCGAUUGGAGCAUAUCCGAAUGAUGCAAAUUAAAGCAAAUAUCUCACGGAUGAAAUACCGCUCUGUUUCCUCCGAAUUAAAAGAGAAAUCGGUCUUUUAUGCUUCUUCUUUGAAAGACCUAGAAGAUGGCAUAAGACAACAGGAAAACGAGAUCAAACGCUUACAGGGAGUAAAGGAGGAAGCUAUAGAAUUAAGAGAUAAUACUCAAGAAACUCUGGUGAAAGAGGAAAUCGAGGAGACAAAUUCCAGUAGAAAACGCGAUUUCGUCAUCAAAGAAUACAGACAACGUGUGUCGGAGCGAAAAAUGGAGUUGGAACGGCUGGAACGCAUGAUAUUUCAUACUCGUCCGCGAGAUGAUUUCGAAACACGUGGGAAAAAUCGCAAACAAGCACAAGAAGAGAUUAUCAAGGACGAGCUGGCGCGACUGGAGGAAACGUUCGCCAAACUGCGGAAUGCUACCGGAGUGUCCAGGUCAGAGGAAGUUCUGAACCGGUUUCUGGGUCAGCAGGCGACCAAGGAGAGUCUACAGAAAAUGCGAGCGGCCACGGAACAAGAGAAGAUGAUGCUUGAAAAGAAGAGACAGGAGCUGAGCACCGAGAUAGAAACGAGAAAAUUUUCGGAAACAAAAAGCGCCGAACAGAACGCAGAGAUAGUAGCAAAACUCAACUCGCAAAUUGAGGAACAACAAUGUCGUAAAGAGAGAGCCGAGAUUGCAAGUCGACGAGUCCGAGAGCUUUUAAACGACAUAACUAGUAUGCUGUAUAAUUUGUAUGAAAAAGUUGAGCAUGCAACAGAUACUCCUCUACUUGAGAAUAUUAAAAUGGAUGAUACCUUAGAGAUUAUCCAACUGUUGACUGAUAAAGUCAAACACGAACUCGAUGAUUUCAACAUAUCUGAUAAAUAUCUUGAAGUAAUGGAUGAAGCAUUAGAGAAGUUGGAAACAAUGUCGGUGGCUACAACUUCGGCAGAAGGCAGAACAAUGCGUGUAAAUAGUGGCAAGCCAUUGUUUCCACAAUUUCCAUCCAGCGCGAUUCCGGCUGUUCCUCUUUCAGAAGACGAAGAGGAAGUCCCAUCCCGAAACACAUUAAAGAGACAAGCACAAUUACUCGUCGAUACAAAGAGUCGCCGCAAGGGUUUUGUUUUUAGAAGAUAAAUUGUUCGAAUAACAAACAAAAUUAAUUAACAAAAUUCUAUUUCGUA